GCGUGAUUUUCUCUCCACCCCCACCAUCCAGCCCCUCCCCUCCGCUCUUUCCGUCUGUGUCUCCUUCUUUCUCUCUCUGGAACACAUGAGAUUCUCCUCCCGAAACCUGAACCGCAGCAGCAGAGGCAUCGACCCCCUCCCCACACGCACACACAACAUGGCUACAAUUGUAACCUCGACCAGGUUUACGGACGAGUAUCAACUUUACGAAGAGCUGGGAAAGGGUGCCUUCUCCGUGGUGCGGAAAUGUGUGAAAAAAUCCACUGGCCAGGAAUAUGCUGCUAAAAUUAUUAACACAAAGAAACUGUCAGCAAGAGAUCAUCAGAAACUGGAACGUGAGGCCCGAAUCUGUCGUCUACUCAAACACCCCAAUAUUGUUCGGCUCCAUGACAGUAUCUCAGAAGAAGGUUUCCAUUACCUGGUCUUUGACCUUGUGACUGGGGGGGAGUUGUUUGAGGACAUCGUCGCCAGAGAGUAUUACAGUGAAGCUGACGCAAGCCAGUGCAUCAAUCAGAUCCUGGAGAGUGUCAAUCAUAUUCACCAGCAUGACAUCGUGCACAGAGACCUUAAGCCCGAGAACUUGCUGUUGGCCAGUAAGAUGAAAGGAGCGGCAGUGAAACUGGCUGAUUUUGGGCUGGCCAUCGAGGUGCAGGGAGAUCAGCAGGCCUGGUUUGGUUUUGCUGGCACACCUGGCUACCUGUCUCCAGAGGUGUUGAGGAAGGAUCCCUACGGCAAACCUGUGGACAUCUGGGCCUGUGGUGUAAUCUUGUACAUUCUGUUAGUGGGCUAUCCUCCGUUUUGGGAUGAAGAUCAACACAAGUUAUACCAGCAGAUCAAGGCUGGAGCUUAUGAUUUUCCUUCUCCGGAGUGGGACACGGUCACCCCCGAGGCCAAGAACCUCAUCAACCAAAUGCUGACCAUCAACCCAGCUAAGAGAAUCACCGCAGAGCAAGCCCUCAAGCACCCAUGGGUCUGCCAACGGUCCACAGUGGCAUCCAUGAUGCAUCGCCAAGAGACCGUGGAGUGCUUGCGCAAGUUCAACGCUCGCAGAAAACUCAAGGGAGCCAUUCUCACUACUAUGCUGGUUUCUAGAAACUUCUCAGUGGGCCGGCAGCAUACCAGCCCUGCUGCUCCCACCACAAGCACUGCCGCCCUUGCACAGGAAGCAUGCAAAAGUUUACUCAACAAAAAGGCAGAUGGAGUCAAGCCUCAGACAAACAACACUAAAAACAGUGUAGUGAGCGCUGUAGUGAACGCCAUGAAAGAAAGCAACACGACCGCUUCUACACCGAUGGAGCCACAAACUACAGUUGUGCACAACCCUGUCGAUGGACCCAAGGGCUCCACAGAGAGCUGUAACACCAAUGAGGAAGAGGAUAUGAAAGCUCGUAAGCAGGAGAUUAUAAAGAUCACGGAGCAGUUGAUCGAGGCUGUCAACAAUGGAGACUUUGAAGCAUACACAAGAAUCUGUGACCCUGGUCUGACCUCUUUUGAGCCUGAAGCUCUGGGGAACCUGGUCGAGGGCAUGGACUUCCACAAGUUCUACUUUGAGCACUUGUUGAGUAAGAACAACAAGCCUGUGCACACCACUAUCCUCAAUCCUCAUGUUCAUCUCAUCGGGGAGGAUGCUGCCUGCAUUGCGUAUAUCCGGCUGACACAGUACAUCGACAGCCAGGGCCGCCCACGUAGCUGCCAGUCGGAGGAGACGCGCGUGUGGCACCGCCGUGAUGCCAAGUGGCUUAACGUCCACUUCCACUGCUCAGGGGCUCCAGCCGCCCCCUUACAGUGAACCGCGCAGGACAGCUUACCUGGAUUCUCAAGAUAAUGGGAAUGUUUCUUCUUUGUGGCUGGACGGGCACGUGAAGGCCAGCUGGAUGACAGCUCUUAAAGUUACAGACACACCAGUGAGGAACUCUGACAACAUCCAGUUCAACUGUCAACACCACCUAUCCUGUCCAAUCUUUGACCAACGGGAGCUGGCCGCGGCUGUGGCCCCGCCCAAGGGACGGUGCAUGUAUCUGACGCCCACAUGGGGGUGCUCUUUUGUCUUUUUCCCCACGGAACCAUCUUCUUUUGCCCGUUAAAGAUGUUCAGAAGGUGUUGUAAGUACUGAUCUAUGAAUUCAUAAAUAUACUGUAUAUUGUAAAAAUCACUAGCUGAACCAGAAGCUACAAUCAAGUUUGAAAAGCAUUUAUGUAGGUAAACCAAGGUGGGAGUUGGGAGGGUGGGGGGCUUCAACUUAAAGAAAAAAUCACAAAAUGGACUUGCGCCCAAAGAAUGCUAAAGUUUACAGGUUUGUCAUCAGUCCUUCUUGUAUACUUUGCAAAUUUUUGGACACAAAAUCAAUUAUGGGAAGGGGUCGACUAAUCCGAGAGCAAGGCAGUGAAAAUGUUCAUUAGUUCUUCAUAUCAAAAAAAGAACCAAAGUGUAGUUUUUAGUCUUUUUAAGGAGUGUUUCUGUUUGGUGUUGGCUUUUUAUGUAACCCGGGUCUAAGAGAAGGUUUGUGCGGCCCAGGUUUUAGUAAUCUCUUGUGUUAAUGUGGAACUCUUCAUUUUCAUUUUUUCUUUUCUUGGACUGACAUAACACAAGUAUUUUGUGUUCAGUUUGAAUUUUUAAGACUAUUUUAGUUUUUAAGUUAAUCUAAAUAAACAUGUAAAGUUAUACAGAGAUAUUUAAAGGAGAUAUAAACUCUCACCAUCCAGGUUUAGGGGAAGAUGUGGUUCCUGACCGCGCUCGAUAUGUUUGUGUGGGUGCGUGUGUGCGAUCGGAACUUGUAUAAAUUGUAUCCCUCAUUUAGAUUUCAUAUAAGGAAAGCCCAAGUGAACAGCACACAACUGAACACCGAGCAGUAGAUUCGCUCUUACUGUUUUGUUAGCGAUGUAGACAAACCACUGCAAGGACGUACUGUGAUAGUCAGACAUGAACUUAACUCCAGUUUCCGAACUCAGUGACUAAGUCUGAGCUCAAAGGAGGACUAGUCAUUUUUACAAACUACAUCAUGGUGAAAAUAGCUUCAGUAGUCUGGUAUGUUGUGAUGAAGUCUCCUUUAAAACUCGCCGUCCUUUCUUACACCCACACAGCUGCAUUGUAAAAGUACUCGGUUGUUUUAGUAACGUUGGACGUGUCUAACUCACCCUGUUCUCAGUGUUGUCGUAGUCGUGGUUCAUGUCGGUGACGGGGGGUGAACAUGCUCUGUAAAUACAUGUCGUUUAGUUCAUCCGAUCACAAGAAGCGUGUGGAGAAAAUCCAAACACGUUGCCGUAGUUCUGUUGUUUAAAAUCACGGUUUUAAUGUUUGUACGAUUACAAGUCACAGUGGUUCGUUACAUUCACCACCAACUAUAUUACGCAGGUUUUAUGGCACUGACUAUUUAAACUCCGUUUUAAUGUUACUUAGAAGUGAGGGUUUGAUUGUCACGAUUGAUUCAUCUCUUAAGUUCAUCUGUAGUUGCACGAAUGCUUUUCGUCACUGCUAUGGUUUUGUCUUUAGAUAGAUUUUAGUGUAGUUUCGUUUGAGGCAAUAUAUUACGUGUGGAAAAAACACCCCGUCUCCUUGGAACACAUCAGUCUUUUGUAUGGGUCUGUUAAUACAUGUAGUGUUGGCACACCCUCAUCGUGUGCUGCUGGGCUUUGUGACAUAUCAGGACUAUACCUCCGCACGUGUGUAAGUGUGCGCGCGUUUAUCACCUUUACAACAAUGGUAGUGAUGCUGUCAGGUUAUAUGUGACGAUGCUGUUUUCACGUCCGUUUUGUGUCUCGUGCUUGUUUCAUACGUUUUUUUUUUUUAUAUCGCUGUUUUCUUUUUCCUUUGUUUGUGCUAUGGGGAACUGCUGCCUUGCCUGGCCAAACUAGAUUACACUUUUUAUUAUUUUAAUUUUUACUUAAAUACAUCCUUUUACAUGAUUGACAUCUUCAGCUUCAUGAAAAUGAAAAGAUUGCUACGAGGAGUCACUAGCUGGUAGAUUUAGAUUUAGUGAAAUAAAUAUCCAACCCCUGAAAGCUCGGUCUGAAUCCUGGGCCAGACGGCGAGUAUGAGUCUUCUGGCCCACCCGUCCAAUGACAGGAGAAAUCAAACACGCAGUUUAAAUAAACCAGCAAAUAUGCAUGUAUACUUUUCUUGGUAAAUAUUUUUUUCCACUGUCUGUGUUUACUUAAUAAAAAAAAAAGGGGGAAAAAUCUCAUAGUAUUUGCAUCUCGACAUGAAAAUCACUCCAUUGGGAAUUAUAAGUGAUGUACCAUAUAAAAAAAUAAAAGUAGAAAAUAGUAAAAAAAAAAAAA